AUGGCAAAACAUUGGUUUACAACUUUACCAAGCAACUAUUUUAUGAGGUAAUCUAGAAAGGGAGGAAGACGUGAAAUUUUAUUUACAACUUUAGGUAUAUAAUAAAUUUGAGAAUGUUAUUAGCAUUGGGAUUAGCUCAUUUUGGUCUAUUUGAACCAUUAAGAAAUUCAUAUUAUUAAAGAGGGGUUGUUCCAACAUGGGAAAGAUCUGUUGUAAAUGGAUAGCCAUGGACUAUUUGA